AUGGGCUAUAAAUUCUUCAAAGGAUUCUUCGGGCUUAAUUUCAUCAUGAAGCUUCUCCUGGUGUUCGUGCUGCUGGGCUUGGCUGCUGGGGAGAACGCGAGACAAGACGAUUAUCUUCAUAACAUCUCGCAGGUGUUGAAAGUGCUGGCUGAAACCCUGCGCAAUAGUAGCGAGUUUCUCGUUGCGAUUCACGACUUCCUGGAGGAUGUUAACAGGAAUUCGCCUUGAAAUGUUGAGGGGCUUCUUGAAGGGUUUCAGGGAAACGAAGAAAGUUUGCGGAA